UUGAUCUAUCGUUUGCGAUCCGGAGUAAACUCGAUCUUGAUCCUUUUGGUUCGGUCUUUGGGCCAAUACCGGGUCCGCUGCAGGGUGAUGAAGAAGAUUUGCGAUCUGUGCAAAACUGAGCGACUUUCUUUUUAUCUUUCGACGUUUUGGGGAAGUGAUGUCUGUUAAAGAACCAGCUCAGCUUAAUGAAAGUCAAUGACCCUUGGAGAUGGAAUCGCUUCUUAAAAUAUAAGACUCCUUUCCUGCUUUAAAGUACAUCUUCAUAUUUUUAAUAACUUUUAAGACAUUUUUAUAUAUUUUUUUAACUUUUUUUACGAUUCUUUUUUAUUGUUAAAACUUUAAAUCUCGGAGCCUCUUUUGUAAGCACAAGCGAUUUUUAAGGAGUGGACAUCAUCCGUCCUGUUGAUGGCUGAAGAAGAAUUGUCACCAGCUUGUCGGCAUCGUGCCACACAAUCCGCCUCCUCCAACCGAGUGAUCAGUGCACUCGGUAUGCAGAACCUCUCCAUCUCAGACAUGAACGAAAAGAACGAUCUGCCUUCUACAACAGAGAUCUCUAAGGAUCGUCUCUAUUUCGCCAUUCUCUGCUCCAAACCAAAAACCUCUUCGAACGUCCACUACUUCUCCAUCGAUGAUGAGCUUGUAUAUGAAAACUUCUAUGCUGAUUUUGGACCUCUUAACCUGGCCAUGUUGUAUAGAUACUGCGACAAGCUUAAUAAAAAGAUGAAGUCCUUUUCAUUGACCAAGAAGAAAAUCGUUCAUUACACUGGCUGUGACCCGAAAAAGCAAGCUAAUGCGGCCUUUCUGAUGGGAAGCUAUGCUGUGAUCUAUUUGCGUAAAUACCCUGACGAGGUGUACUGGCUUUUACAAGCAGUGAACGUAAACUACCUUCCAUUUAGGGAUGCUUCUUUUGGUACAUGUGCUUUUCGUGUGACACUACUGGACUGCUUCCAUGCUGUGCACAAGGCCUUGCGGUACGGCUUCUUCAAUUUUGAAUCAUUUGAUGUUGAGGAAUACCAACAUUAUGAGAGAGCAGAAAAUGGCGACUUCAACUGGAUCAUACCAGGAAAAUUUUUAGCUUUUAGUGGGCCGCAUCACAGGAGUAAAAUCGAAAGUGGUUACCCCAGCCAUGCUCCUGAAGCGUACUUCCCUUACUUUCGAAAACAUCAUAUGACCACCAUCAUUCGCCUCAACAAGAAGAUGUAUGAAGCAAAGAGAUUUACAGAGGCUGGUUUUGAGCACCAUGACCUAUUCUUUGCUGAUGGAACUACACCAAAUGAUACCAUCGUGAAAAAAUUCCUCGAUAUUUGUGAGAAUGCAGGUGGUGCCGUUGCCGUGCAUUGCAAAGCUGGCCUGGGUCGGACAGGCACCCUCAUAGGGUGUUACAUCAUGAAGCAUUACAAAAUGACGGCCGCUGAGACCAUAGCAUGGAUGCGGAUAUGCAGACCCGGCUCAGUCAUCGGGCCUCAGCAACAGUUCAUGGCAGAUAAGCAAAUGAGCCUGUGGAACGAAGGGGACAUUUACCGCAAAAAGCUGAGGGAGCAGAAGAACAGGAACACCAUGGCAGUUUCCUUCAUCCUUUCGGGAGUAGAUGACAUUUCGAUUGACGAUAAGAAAAACACAUCUGGCAAGGAAGACCUAGAACUGUAUAGUGAUGAUGAAGAUGACUCAAGCAAUCUAACACAGGGAGAUAAGCUUCGUGCCUUGAAAAGUAAAAGACACACUCGAGCAUCAACUGGAUCUCCAUUGUCGACUUCAGAGAGAAUUCUGCAGAAUGCUAAUCAGGCUAUAAGAGAGCACCGCAUCAGACAAACAAGGAAAGGCAUAAUUACCAAUGCAGUGAGAAGGAAAUCUGGAAGUAGGAGAUCAGGGCUGUUAAGGCUAAAGAGACGCAAAAAGAGAGCUAAAAAAAGUGUAAUUCUGCAGACCAGUGUGCAAAGCCCCAAAGCAGGUUUAUCUGAUACAAAAAGGACCGGCAGGUCUUCUGAAGGAGGCAGCUGCUUGAGAGGCGCCAUUUCUGAGCGGAAGAGAAGGAUUGCUUUGCGCCAAAUACGCUCAAUGAGAAUAUGUAACACCGUUCAAAAAACUAGGACUGUGUUGCGGUAAACCAAACGGAUACAAACUAAACAAAAUAAAUUGGGUGUAUCAUUGGACCACACAUUGCAAAGCUUAACAAAUGGACUCCUGGAGAUGCGACAUCAACUCUGCCUUUAAUCUAGACACCAUAUUUUGCGCAUCCUACCCCACUUGCAGCAAUGUCAACUAGAUAAACCAAGCUUAUGGGCCUUUGUCUCCAAACGGCACUGGCGGGCUCAUGCACACUGUAUAUAACUGCCUGCAUGACAAAUGCAUUUGUGAUGGCAAUCAUUUAUUCUGCUGGACCUAAAACCUGGGAGAACUGGGUUUCCAAUUGUAUAACAAAUGUUUUUUCCAUAUAACAUUCCUUUAUGUAUUUGUUUGUUUUUUGGAUUUUCCUUGUUUUAUAAGGAAACUCACUGUGUGUGUAUAUAUAUAUAUGAUUUACUAACACCCAAAACUGUUGAAGUGUU